AUGCAUGAGAAGAAAUUGGCAGUUACAGAAAAAUAUUUGACUCACCUAAAUCGUGCAAAACAAGAACGUGAUUACUAUAAUAAUAAUAUUAAACGUGCAGUUGAAGAUGGUAAAUGCAAUCCAAAUACAACUGGAUCUCAAAUAUUAUUUAAGUCUUUUGAAGGUAGCAUUCAUAUUGCGUAUGAUUGGGUCCAAAACGUACAAAUUUCUUAUUCACCUCAACAAAUAGGAUCCAUAUUCUUCAAAAGUCCUCGAAAAGUACAUUUAUUUGGAGUUUGUAAUACUGAGAACUUUCCACAUACAGAACAGACCAAUUAUAUAAUUGACAAAGCUGAAAUGCCUGAUGAUGGUAAACAGGGGAAAGGCGUAAACUGUACAUUAAGUUUAGUUUGGCAUGCAAUUCUAAAGUAUAAUCGUGGGGAAAAAAAAUUGGUUAUCACAUGUGAUAAUUGUGUUGGUCAAAAUAAAAAUAAUUAUUCUUUAUUUUUUUAUUCAUGGUUAAUUGAUUGUGGGUUAUACGAAGAAAUUGAGUUGAAUUUUAUGAUACCUGGACAUACCAAAUUUAUUUGUGAUAGCUGUUUUGGCCUAAUUAAAGUUCUUUAUCGGAAAAGCAAAUCCAUCUUAAUACUUCCCAGCGUUAUAUAA